AAGCGAUGGUCAGGUGGGAUAUAUUCGCCAACAAACCCAUUUUCCCGUCUCCACUUGUUCCUCCUCCUCUCUCGCCUUCCUCCACCGGCCUCCUCCCCCAACUCCGUCCCCCCAUUACCGUCAGCGCCUUAACGUCAGCGGGCGGCGCCACCGCCGGCGACGGGGCCCGCAUCGAGCCAGGCUUCCCCAGGCCCGUCCUCCAUCGUCGGGGAGGCGACGCCGUGGUCCCGCCCUCUGGGCUGGCUGGGCGUGGAGGGGACGGGACUACUGGAGAUCCGCGCGUCUCUGCUUGGAUUGCGUCCUUCUCUCGCCGAGGGUAUGAGCAAUGUACUCACCAAAACCAGAAUCUAGUUUUGCCCCAAAUCCCAACUCAGGCACACACCAGCAGCAAAUGGAAUUACCUGGAGCCAACAUGGGUCCUAGUAAUGGAGCAAAUAACAAUACCAACAUGGCUGCAAGGCAACGCUUACGCUGGACAAAUGAACUGCAUGAAAGAUUUGUUGAGGCUGUUACUCAACUUGGUGGCCCUGAUAGAGCAACUCCAAAAGGAGUUCUAAGAAUUAUGGGUGUACAAGGAUUAACAAUAUACCAUGUAAAAAGUCACUUGCAGAAAUACAGGCUAGCAAAAUAUAUUCCUGAUGCUUCAACUGAUGGAAACAAAGCCGAUAACAAAGACCCAGGGGAUUUGCUUGCCGGACUUGAGGGAUCCUCUGGAUUGCCGAUAUCUGAAGCCCUCAAGCUGCAGAUGGAGGUCCAAAAGCGGCUGCACGAACAGUUAGAAGUACAAAGGCAGCUGCAGUUGCGAAUUGAGGCUCAGGGAAAGUACCUCCAGAAGAUCAUUGAAGAGCAGCAGCGCUUAACUGGUGUGAAAUCUGAAACUCCUGCUGGAGGUGCUUCUGUCACAGUAUCAAGUGAUCAAUUCCCUGACUCCGAGCGGACUGAGCCCUCGACUCCUGCACCAACAUCCGAGUCUCCAACUCAAGUUGGUGCUUCCAAUAGGGACCCCGGAGAUCGAACUGAAGGAACCAAGAGCACCUGUCAUGAGCCACUAACCCCCGAUUCCAACUGCCAGAAUGGCUCUCCCGUUGCUAGUCCAAACCAUGAGAGGGCAGCAAAGAGGCAGCGGGGCAGUGGUACUGAAUUCUUAGAUUCUGAGUCUGAGUUUUCCCUUCCACGCCACAUCUUUGAGUCGAGCUCAGGCUCAGAGUUCCAACAAUACUCAAUGUCCUACUCAGGACAGUAGCUUGUGUUGCUCACAUAAUCACUGUAUCGUUGCUAGCUUGUUCAGCACGAUGGGUAGGCUGAUGUCUCAAGGAGUGUGUUGUGGUAGACAAAGCUGUAGGUGUUCAGUGAAUGUUUACAUGGUAUACGUGACAGCUAUUUACGUUCCUAGGUUUGUAACAUGUAUGUCCGUCUGCAGUUCAGUUGGAGAUGCUUGAAGGCUAAGGUUCUGUUGUGUGUGACCUGUAGGCACGAGGCUGUCAGCUUGUAUUCUCUUGGUAAUCUGUGUCAGCAGAGCGUUAGCAUUAAGUCAGUUAAUUGAACAGUGCUGUUAUCUGUAACGUCUGAGUUUGAUCUGAAACUGCAGUUAAUUGAGGAAGACAUGAACAGUGCUGUGCUGAUCUCAAUUGGAUUCCUGUGUUUAGAUUCUCUUCAUUUAUGUGGAAGGGCAACAACUGUACUGCAAUUUGUGUA